AGUCUGGCAAUUUUAUCUACACGUCAAAACGUCAAAACUAAAUCUACACGUCAACGCGUGUAAAUUAAAUAAAACUUACUGUUUUUUUGUAAUAUAACUCGUUUAAAACGUGAAUCUAAUUAAAGUAUGGUCCAUACAACCAUGGAUGAAUCCUUGUUUGAACCUACUCUGUACAUUGUAAAGGGCAUGUGUAUCUUGGAUAAUGAGGGAAACAGAAUACUCGCCAAGUACUAUGACAAGAACAUAUUGCCAACAGCCAAGGAGCAGAAAGCUUUCGAGAAGAACCUAUUUAACAAAACACACAGAGCCAACGCUGAAAUCAUAAUGCUGGAAGGCCUCACCUGCGUGUAUAAGAGUAAUGUGGACCUGUUCUUCUAUGUAAUGGGCAGCUCACAUGAAAAUGAGCUGAUUCUGCUAUCAGUAUUGAACGCCCUGUACGAGUCUGUAAGCAUCCUUUUACGUCGAAACGUCGAGAGGCGAGUACUCCUCGAUAAUCUGGACGCCGUCAUGUUGGCUUUCGACGAGAUUUGUGAUGGCGGUGUAAUCCUGGACGCGGACCCCACGUCCAUCGUGGGCCGCGCGGCGCUGCGCAGCGAGGACGUGCCGCUCGGCGAGCAGACCGUCGCGCAGGUCUUACAAUCAGCGAAGGAGCAGCUCAAAUGGUCGCUGCUGAAAUGAAAAACAAGACACAUAGUAUAACUUUAUUUGAUCUAUGUAAGUUCCAUAAUAUUAUUAAUUAAAUAAAACAUAUUUACAAACA